AUGACAUCGCAAGAGGUUGCGGGUUACGACAGGCCAGUGUCACCUCUGUCCGUCGACGAGCUGGCAUCGCCACCUCCAACAGUAGCCAACGAGGCAAAGACACAAGCGACUGUCACGAAUAUCUUGCUACCCAAGGACGCCGUGGAUGGAGAGGAAGAACAGGCUGAGAUGCCAACCUAUCACCGGACCAGCAAAACAGUCCUCAUCGACAUCGUGAUGAUCGCUAUCAUAGCCUCAAUCGCCAUGUGCGUCUCCUUCGGCCUCAUCUUCCACAUAAAACUCAACACUCACAAGGGAUUUACACAGUCUGAGCCCAUCAGUUGCCGCUUCUCUUUCAUCUGGGCCAAGCUCAUCGACGUUGCCUGCUCCAUCUUGAUCGCCCCGGGACUACUCGCCCUGGCCAACUGUCCCCUCAAGCACUGGACCUUUGUGCGGACGCGCGAUCCCCGACUCAUCUGCCUCGCUACCGUGGCCCUCCUUUCUGCCUUGAGCUUUUCAUUCCUAACGAAUGUCCCGGCGUACGAAGCUAUCGGAUUCAACAUCGCCAACGUGACACAAAAAGUCGAGACGCUGUAUGGGCCGAAGGAUGAUGCACCUUCAAAGGUGAUCUCAGACAUUCUCGACUCUGGUCAAGACAUCGAACUCUCAGCACAGCUCACCAGGAGCCUGCAUAAUAUUCCCCCCGAGAUUGGAACUACAAACACCAGUCAUCAAGUCGUCCUCAAUGUGUCAAGCCAGUCUCUGUCUAGGGUCUCAAAGUCAGCGAAGAGACUCUUCAAUGUGCCCGCAUAUCAGCUUGCAGCGUCCUGCAAGCCCGCCGAUAUACGAAGUUUCCAGGUCCAGUUGGAUUCCAGAGAGGAGAACUAUGCCGAGUUCCAUAUAAGGAUCAAGAUCGCGUCAAAGUUGGCCGAUUUUAAAGGCAGGGGCAGGAACAUGGCCCCUUCGCUGAAAGGGCAGUCAGACAUUGGAGUAGCGCGCCCUCUUGUAGCCUUUAAAGAUGAAAAGAUCUGGAUCGGGUGGUUCUACUACACCAAAGAAAAAGACACCGCCACGUAUCUCACGGACUACGGGCCAUUGGGCACCUACCGCUACUCCCCUGAGAAGGACGACCAAGUUUUGGACUGGACGAUAUGCGGAGUGACUUGCGAGCUAAGCAUAACCAUGGGCACGGCAACAGUCAACCGCAAGGAUUGGUCCAUCUCGAAGGUCCGCCUUGAUGAACAAACUCACAGGUUCGAGGAGUGUCGUCCCCUGUUGUACAGUCUUCAAAACAAGUGGGAGAUCGCGUCAUCAGCUUUCUAUAAAACGCCUGGUCUAGGUGGGCACCUUGCUGAUGCCGCUUCCGUUUCGGGAUCUGGUAUCCAGAUGUCAAAUAUCCACUUUAUCGUCAAGGCCUUUGCGUGGCUCGAGGCCAAGAUGAGGGAUGUGGCAUAUAACAUGGCGGAGAGGGACAGCGGCAGGAACAUGGACGUUGAAGUCAUGGUUGAGGGGAACGGCGAGCAACUGUACACCAUGACUUUUGUCUCCUGGAUCCUGCUAACGGGCCUCUUGGCUCUUGGGACAGCAGGCCUGCUGGCCAUCGGACUGGCGCUCGAUUUCCUGCGUACGCCGUCACUGCGCAGCGGAAGAAUGCUGAGUCCGGUUCGACUGAUGAUGGACGUAGGUGCUGUGCUGGACAAGCAUGUCCUUGAGCAAGCCUUGACGUGGGAUGGAGAUGAGCUAGAUGCUUGGGUUAAGACUGUAAAGUUUCAGUACGAGCCCGCAGAAGGUCACGGAGAAGCCAGAGUGACGGAGGAUGGCGACUAUGAUUGCUGUAUGAGACUGCGCCAAAUCUCUCAGUCCAAUGCUAGGGACUGA